AUGCCCUUUCUCACUUCGUGCUGCGGGUUUGGCCGCAAGAAGGGUGAUGAUACCGAACCGCUGCUCCCUCGUUAUGAAGAUGAUACCGCACGUCAAAGAGCUCUCCGCCAUAAGCUGCACACUUAUCAGAUGCUGAGAGCUCUCACAAAGGGAUACAUGCCCUCCAAUGAACAAACCAUCCUCCAUCUCCGCACUUUACUUGCUUCCGACCUGCUCAAUCCCAACAAUAAAGAGCUCACGGAAUCAGGACGGACCCUCAUUCGAAAUUGUCGAACUUGGUUGAAAUUGUUCAUUGAACUGUUGAAGAACAAAAAUAGUCAGGAUCAAAUUCAAGAUUUCAUCUGGUACAUCACAAAGUCUCGGAUUUCUCUCGAUGUUAACGAUAUAUCCCACUCGGCCUCGAAAGUCCAAGCUAGAGCCGAUGCGCAAGCAGCAUACGAAAGCUUCCGCACCGUAGGAAGCUUGUUGCUCACGAACUCGGAUUUCAGACUCUUUGUCAACGAUGUUGCCGCGAUAGGAAGAGAAGUUUUGGCCGACACGGCAUUCUCCUUGUCCUCGGCGGCAGAAAAGGCCGGCAAACAGCUGGAACCUUCGGAGCAAGAGCAGAAGGCGGUGGUGAAACCGGGAGCCGACGAGGAUGGCAUACCCUCGAAGCAAGAUUUACAAUCAAAUGCAGAAGAUGUCGCGAAAGUAAUUGGCUCCCAGGUAGCACAAGUGGGAAAGGAUACAAUCGCGAGUGCCCACGAAAAUUUCCGCGGUUCACAAGGCGAAACUCUUCUACAUCGCUUAAAACAAGCCAUCUUGAACUUGAGAAGCCGGAACGACUAUCGGGACUCGGUGUCCACCAUUUCGAAAUUGAUUCAGAGAUAUGCCCUUGCACCCCCACGGGUUACGGACGCCGGUCUGGCAACCGCUCAGGACGACAUAUACACCAAUCCGGCCUUGGAUCGAGCAGUUCGCAACUUUUGGAAUCUCCUGAGCAGUUUUGGAGAUCGCAAUGCGUGGGAACAACUGGAGCAAGACUUCAAGAAGGUCCUUGGCCACGCGCGAUCAGAUCCACAAUUCGAGAGUUUUAUGGUGGAUGUGGGCAACGCGGUACAAAGGAUGCUGACGGACCCGGAUUUUUUUGACAAUGCUGAAAAGAAGAUCGAUGAACUGAGAGAAAAAUCAGGCCGACUGGGUAAUGAAUCAGCGUUCCGUACCGACUUCGACCAGAUGCUGAGACAAGCCCAAACCACCGUCAACUCGGUGAUGGAAGACAAAGACAUCAAUGCGCUCAUUCUCGCAACGCGCCGGAUCUACGACAUCUUUUCUCCAGCGAACCAUAUUUCCAAUCCGGACCUUGUCACUGACUCCCUGCAUAUCUUCCUCCCCCUCAUCGUUCGCAGCAUCCAAUACCUCCCGAUUCCACGCGUCGAAGUCUCCGUGCCCGAAAUGGACCUUCUCCUCGAAAACCUCGUCCUUGAACCUGGCCGCAACGUCAACUCCACCUCCUUCCUCCCCUACCGCCUCCUCGUCUCGACCAAAAACGAUCUAGAAAUCCGCAAGACACAUUCCAAAAAAACGGUCUCAAAGACGAAAUCCCUCAUGACCGUGUCUAUCAAUGGCCUCAGCGUCGCCGCCCAGGACCUCGGAUUUUGGAUCCGUGGACACGCUGGACUCGUUCGCUUUGCCGACGAAGGCAUCGCGAGUUUCUACCUCGAUGAGCGCGGCAUUGACAUUUCCCUCGACCUCGAAGUCGGACGAGAAAAACUCGAGCAAAUCCUCACUCUCCGCGGCGUGAGGGUGCAUAUCCACAAACUCGACUACAACCUCCGCCGAUCCAACCUCUCUUGGCUGGGGUGGCUCUUCAAGCCCUUCCUUAAACACCUCGUCCGUCGCUCUCUGGAAAAGACGCUCGCCGAAAACAUCGUCAAGGGCUUACGCGCCAUGAAUCGUGAGUUGGUCUUCGCUCGUGAGCGCUUGCGGGCCACGCGCAUCGCAGAUCCCCAGGACGUGGUGACAUUCUUGAAGGCAGUCACGGCGCGGCUGACGCCCGAGGACGAUUCGGACCUCGACACGCGAGUCGGCGUUGAUGCGCCGAAACAAGGCGUCUUCAAAGGCGUCUACACACCCGGCAGUAUUGUGAAGCUGUGGCACGAAGAGGCCUUAAGGGCCGAGGACGCCGUUCAGGACGGCGAGGAGCGGGGAGAGGGUUGGAGAAACGAAAUUUUCGACGUUGGUGUCUUUUGA